AUGUACGACUUCGCGCGACUUCGUCAAGAUAUGACGAGUGGGAGCGUCCUACUCCCCGGUGAUGAAGAUUAUGAAGAGAAGUUACAGAGGUGGAGCGAGGCUUGCGUGAAGAGAGCGGCAGCUGUCGUCAUGCCAUGCAACUCAAGUGAGGUGUCUCUGGCUGUCAAUUUUGCAGCUUCUAAUCAAAUCCCAAUGACUGUAUGUGGUGGUGGCCAUUCCUCUAGCGGCGCCUCUUCCUCCGAAGGCCUGGUUAUUGAUUUGAGGAAGAUGCGGAAGGUCAGAGUUGACACAAAAGCCAUGACUGUUGAGUUUCAAGGCGGUUGUCUUUGGGAAGACGUCGACGUCGCCCUUGAGCAAUAUGGGUUAGCCACAGUGGGAGGCGUUGUUAAUCACACCGGUGUUGGAGGACUAACACUAGGAGGUGGACAUGGCUACCUCACAGGCCGUCACGGUCUAACCAUAGACAACUUGCUAGAAGUGGAAGUUGUCCUUGCCGAUGGCUCAGUAGUUGAAGCGUCCGAAGACAAGAAUGCAGAUUUGUUCUGGGCUAUUCGCGGUGCUGGAGCACAAUUUGGAGUCGUCACUCAAUUUGUAUCUCGAGCCCAUCAUCAAGGCAAAGUCUGGAGUGGCACGAUAGCGUAUUCGGCCGAUAAGUUGCCCGAGCUACUACACUUUGCAAACAAGUCAUACGAGAGACCUAACUCGGAAGGUCAUUGUCUUGCGCUGGGAAUAGGUUUUGGACCAGAUGGAACCUCGCGUGCUGUAUCAGCCAUUCCUUUAUUUCAUGGCCAGGAGCCAGAAGCCAGAAGCUACUUCUCGGACGUUCUUCAGCUGGAAGCCAUAGCUGACAACACUGAAAUGAUGACUACAGCAAAGACUAACACCCUUCUAAACCCUGUCAUGGACCAUGGGCUCCGGCGGAUAACGGGGUCAGGCAACAUUGUGAUGCCCUUGAAAAUCGAACCAAUGUUACGGACUGCAGAGGAAUUCUGGGAAUUUUGUGAAAGGUAUGGUGGAAUGGGCAAAUCUGUCAUGGCCAUUGAGUUUUUUCCGACUGAAAAGAUCCGAGAAGUUGCGCAAGAUGCAACCGCCUACGCCAACCGAGGAGACUACUUCGAUGUCUUGACGCUAUUUGGUUGGGAAACCCCGGAUUAUGAUAACGCAGUUCGCGAAUUCAAUCGAAGCAUUUGCAAACAGGUCCGGGAAGCGAACGGGUACCUGGCAGGUUCUGGUGGGCAUUGGAGCAAGGGACCUGUCGGUGUGUAUGUCAACGUAGAAGCAGAAAGCAUAUCGCCCGAGGAUGCUUGGGGUGGUAAUCUGACUCGUCUGAGGGAGUUGAAGAAGAGGUAUGAUCCUCAGAAUUUGUUCAACAAAUUGCAUAGUAUUGCUGAGGAUACAACUUAG